AUGGGAGCAAAUUUACCUCAAAAAGAAGAAUUCAGAAUUAUUACUACAGCUCAUUACCGUGGAGCCAUGGGUAUCUUGCUGGUUUAUGAUGUUACUGAUGAAGCAUCUUUCAAUAAUAUUAGGAAUUGGAUUUGCGAUAUUGAACAACCUGCUUCUGACAAUGUAAACAAGAUACUUGUGGGAAACAAGGCUAAUAUGGAUGAAAGUAAAAGGGAUGUACCUACCUCCACAGGUCAAGCUCUUGCUGAUGAGUAUGGUAUCAAGUUAUUUGAAACUAGUGCAAAAACAAACACGAAUGUGAAGGAAAUUUUCUUUUCAAUAGAAAGAGACAUCAAGAAAAGGCUUGCAGACACAGAUUCUAGAUCCGAGCCUCAAGCUAUCAAGAUUAACCAACAAGAUCCGGCAGCGAAUGGUGGUCAAGCUGCAACAAAAUCAGCUUGUUGCGGCUAG